AACAAACUCGUGAACCAAACGCCUGUCCAAAAGAAUAAAUAGCAAACAACAUCGAACAGAGAGCUUAUUUCAUUAGGAUAGUAGUGCUGUUACAACACUAUUACGAAUACAUAUCUUCUACCCUGCAAGUUACCCCUAAGUAGCUUGUAUCAAUCUGAGUUCGACUAGGUCACACUUGUUACUUUCUGUUGAUUGUAUUAUCAGGAUGGCAGUCACCGCUCGUAACAACGGCUUCCGCAAGGUUGCCAAGUGGAUUGUUGGUGCCGUGGUUGUGGCAAGUGCUAGCCAUGGUAUUGUCAUGGCCCAAGAGGAGACACCAAAAAUACCUGAGGUACCAGAAGAGAAGGAGACCAAGACGGAAGUAACUGAGGUGCCAGAAGAAGAACAGGUUAAGACAGAAGUCCCUGAAGUAUCAGAAAAGAAGCAGACCAAGAUGGAAGUCCCUGAAGUAUCAGAUGAGGAGGAGACCAAGACGGAAGUACCUGAAGUAUCAGAUGAGGAGCAGACCAAGAUGGAAGUAACUGAAGUGCCAGAGGGAGGGGAUGGUGAUGCGGGAAGAAAGGCUAAAGGUGGUUCAGGGGCACCAACAGCUGAACCAAAGCGACAAAAAUCUUUUCCUAGUGAAGAGAGAGACUGGAUGUCUAAAGGUGGUUUCACCAAGGCCGAUCUUAAAGAUUAUAAACAUGAGUCAUUCAUCAGUGCCAAAAGACCUGUUGAAAUAGGGGAAAACGUUGUAAAAAACGCUGCGUUCAGAAUAGCACAAAGGCAAGGUAAAACGUAUGUACCACCUGAACCAGCUGUCAAAACUAACCCAGAUGGUACACCUGCUCCGGAGGCUGAUAGUGCUUCUGCCGAUAAGCAGUAGAAGGGGUAUGUUGGAUUUGAAUCAAGCAUGCGGAUCAUGUCGUACUACCAUCUUAUAAACUACUUAACAGUUAUCAUAUUCAUAAACAAUAUUUUGAAUCUUGCUUCAAAGUACACUGGGACGGAAACGAAAACAACAUUUUAUUGUAUGUGCAUUUUUAUUGAUAUCACAUAAU